CAUUGGAAAAACAAACAUUUGCCGAGAAGCAGCCAGAGCAAACCUAAAAAUAGUCUGCUGGUCCCCCACCACUGGCAAGUAAGCAAGUAAGCAGGAAUUACAUCCAACACAACCUGGAACAGGAGAAGCAGACCUUGAAAUAAGCAGCUGAGAUAAGAUUCUACUAGUUUAAUUUUGUUCAACAAAAAUAUGGAAGGUGGUCAAGCAGGCAGUUCACCCACAGACCACCCUUCAUCCAAUGAUGUGCCAAACAUGGGCACCUUACGCACACCACUGGCUUGGGUGGAGGCACUAGGAAAGAGCCAGGCAGCCCAGGGUGACCUGGGGCCACCUCCAGCGAAAUCACCCAGUGUGUACGCCCAAGGAGACACCUCACUUGCCCUUGGGGAUCAUCACCUUCAGACAACAAAGGAGAAGGUUUGGAGAGAGAACAGACAAGAAUUUGAUUAAUGGUCCCUCUCUGAGCAGUAGGAUAAGGACAAUAAAGCUGAUGAAGGCUUGUAAACAUGGAUGACUCAGUCUACACUAAAGCAAAGAGGUAAACAUGCUGAAACACGGAAUGAAAGAAUGCAACACGUGUGACUGAGUUCAUCUUAAUUGGAUUCCCCAAUCCCUGGGAGAUAGAGAUCCUCCUUUUUCUGACGUUCUUCAUCAUUCUGAUGGCAACAAUGAUUGGGAACAUCAUCAUCAUAACUCUGAUAAUCAUUGAUUACCGCCUACAUUCCCCAAUGUAUUUCUUCCUCUGCAAUUUGUCUGUCAUUGAAAUCCUUGCAACUCUGCAAGUGGUGCCAAAAAUGAUGCAGAACUUCCUGCUUGAAAGGAAGACCAUCUCCUUUUAUGGGUGCCUGGGUCAGUCAUACUUCUAUUUCUUGUUUGGCACCUCUGAGUAUGUUCUACUAGCUAUGAUCUCCUAUGAUCGAUAUGUAGCUAUAUGCUACCCACUUCGAUAUAGCACAAUCAUGAGUGGGAAGGUUUGUAUCAAUCUUGUGGCAGGUUCUUGGAUGAGUGGGUUCUUCUCCAUACUUGUUCCCACUGUGAUGAAGCUGGGCUUGCCCUACUGUGGCCCUAAUGUGAUCAACCAUUUUUUCUGUGAUAGUGCCCCUUUGCUCCACUUAGCCUGUGCAGACAUCAGCCUCGUGGAGUUUAUUGACUUCCUUGUCUCACUUCCCAUUCUUCUGGGUUCUCUUUUCCUGACACUCAUCUCUUACCUUUACAUUAUAAGCACUAUUCUCCGGAUCCCUUCUGCCACAGGAAGGCAGAAGGCAUUCUCUACUUGUGCCUCCCACUUCACAGUGGUUACCAUUGGCUAUGGCACCUCUGUCUUCAUCUAUGUCAGGCCUUCCCAAGCCAGCUCUAUGUAUCUCAACAAAAUUGCCUCACUGAUCACUACUGCAGUGACACCCUUGCUCAACCCCAUCAUUUUCACAUUUAGAAACCAGAAAGUCCAAGCGGUUUUCAGGAACACAGUUAACAAGUACAUAAGUAUAAGAAAAUGUACAGGUUGACAAGGACUGUUAAUUUAUUUUUAUUCUUUCCUCCACCCACCCCUAAAUUUCCUUCAAGGUGAUUAUAGUUGUGCAAGCUCCUCUCUUUAAUCCUCAUAGUAAUCUUGCUGAGUAGGCUAGGCUAACAAAUAGUCACUGGCCCAAGGCUAUUCAGUGAGCCUUACAGAUGAGAAUGAAUUUUAACCAAGUCUCUUCAUCACAAUAUCCUAGGCAUUACUAAAAACAUUCCAAUGUAUGUCCCUAUUCUCUCAACUUUAUUUUUAGAUGUUCUGUAGAGUCUGUAUGUGCAGAACCAUCCAACAAACCAAAGAUUUCUCAUGUAAAGCAUCCGUUGUAUGUAUUUAAAAUCAAAAUUAAGGGUUAGAAAUGUUAGACAAUAUAUUUUAGCUUUAAUAA